AUGGUCAUUCCUCAGCGAAGCCUUGCAGCGGUAGCCCUGCUGCUCGCCAUCUCCCCUUCGCUGUCAUCUGCAGCCUCGAAUCUGCCCCAUUACGCCGAUCUCCGAGGCGGCCAGACGCUCGCAGCGACCAGCAAUGCCUCUGUCACGAGCUCAACGCUCCUCGACCUCGUCGACGUGACCCUCAAUGCGCCCAAGAACGCCGUCACCUGUGACUCGGUCGACAUUACGUGGGAGUGGGACAUGAAUGGCACGCCUCCCUCCGACCCCAUCGCUGUUAGCAUCAUCGAUGCCAGCACUCUUGGCGCCGUCGCGACGCCUGGUAGUCGACGCAGGUUCGCCUCUGCACGCCAUGGCACCAUGAUCAAGAAGAGGGCAGCGUCCGUCCGAGGCACCGUGCUUCCUGGCGCAGCAUCGAUACCCUUCAACGAAGUCAGCUACAGCUGGUCGCCCGUCAAGAUUCAGCCGGGCUCGUACCGCCUACUUCUGACUAUCCUCUCGUCUGGCGAGUCCGUCGUCUCGGAUCCCUUUCCCGUCGGGAGAGGUUCGACGGCUUGCUUUUCAAGCUCGCCUACUGCAGCCAGCUCCUCGGCAGCUAGCCCAUUGGCUACAUCUUCCAGUUCCAGCAAUGCGGAGCCCGCCGCCUCUUCAUCUGAUGCCGAGCCAUCUGCCAGCAGCAUCACUGCUCCGGCCGCGACGGACUCUUCCUCCUCUCCUUCCUCGUCACCAUCUCAAGCCUCUGCAUCUUCGUCAGACCACCACAGCAACAAGGCCGCUAUCGCAGCUGGGGUUGCCAUCCCUCUCCUCUUGAUUGCCGUCCUUGCUUACGCUUGGCGACUUUGGAAGAAGCAAAAGAGCGAGCAAGCCGACAGCGUGUCCAGCCGCCCAGCCUGGGCCGAGAAGUUCUUUGGCGGAGGUAGCAGCAGCGGGUCUAUCCAGCGACAGGUUUCGCCCUCUCAAUCCUCCGGUCAUCGCCGCGAGAUAUCGGGACCUGGCUUGGCGACGCCUGCCGGUCUUGCCGCCGUCGCUGGCAUGGUGCCCGUCGAGCUGCGCAAGGAGAAGGACGAGAUGGCUUUGCGAGCUGUUCCUCCUCCCAACGUUCCCUACUCUCCUGACAUGCAAGACCUUGACGACCGACCGGAGCACUGGAUUAACUUCUCAGACAAUGAUGUUCGCGGGGCUCAGCCCUUGAGCGCCGCUGUCAUCGCCGAAUCUGCCAGAGACUCGGGCCGCCUCACACCCUAUGACAACAGCGGCAAGCCAGCUGGACUAUACGGUCAGGGACGCAACGUCCCUUUACGCCCCGAGUCGUCUCAGUGUCCGUCGAGUAGCGGCUCCAUCUCGACUUUUGGCAACGACCCCCGACGAGCCAGCGCCGCCAGUGGUGUUAGCAUCGGUCGCGACCUCAUUGCUGCUCUGCCACAGCCACCUUCUCACAAGCAUUCAGUCCCCUCGUCCUCGGCGCACUCGAUCUCGCCCUUUGCAGACCCGCCUGCGCCUGCCCCCGAAGACCUUGCUCAGGCUCUCACCCAGCACCAAGAGGGCAACAAGACGGUCGAGUCGUCUGUUAGCAAGCCAUCCGUCCAACGAUCAGACUCAAGUGGCAGCUCCUUCGGCGUCAGGCGCAAGCCUGUGCCCAGGAUCUCGGUGGCUGGGACCAGCAGCAGCGACUCCAAGGUCGCAGGCGAUGGCGAGGGUCCGUUUGGCAAUGAGCACGCCAUUGAGCUCGUGCCCGACACCGAUGAGCACAGGAUCUCGAUGGAAGCCUCGACUUCGAUUCCUAUUCAGUCGGUGGCUGAUGCUCGCGCGCCUUCGCCCAUCGAGCAGCUCACAGUACCACGAGAGAAUGCUGGCAGGGCCUCAGACGACGCUCAAGCUUAUCAUCUGAGCGUUGCCCGCCAAUCUGGCUUCGAUGUCAGCUUCACCAUGGGAGACAGCGACAAAUGA